AUGAGUUUUGCCAAGGGCACUACCCCGAGAAAGAGCCCCGAAUCGAAGCCGAGAAACGGUGACGAGAAGACCACGGAUGUGACAAAGGAAGCUGUAAAGCGCAGCAGCUCAAGGGUACUGCACGUCUCUGUUACGGAUGAUACACAAAUCGUGAGCAUCCCUCGCGACCAAGAAGACGCGUUCGAUGUCUGGGCUGUAUACUCUCAUGCAGUGUACGCAACCAAGAAGGAGCAACGCUUUCUUAAGCGAUCUCUGCAAUCGCGCAUACACGAAAAUAUUGCCCAGUGUUCCAAUCUGUUCCCCCUUAUCGGCAACGACCAGGAGGGAAAGCAGUCUACCCCCACUGGUAACUCUGGCAGACGCAUGGACGGGUCGUUUGUGUCCACGCUGCAAGCACAAGGCUACGGCAAAAACAUUGCAGCGUGCGCCAUGUGUGUGCUCUCAGUGUGGCCUUCCUUACCUAUUAAUAACCGACCCCCAAUGUCUACAAAGGUCCAGAGAUCAUUCGAGGACUUGCAAGCUGGCACACACCUGUACGUUUUCAACGAAAAGCCGAACUCUCCACUACUCUGCGACACAGCACUGCGCCUCUUGCACAGCAUCGACGGCGAUGAGGUCAGUGUUACUAUUUUCAACGCCACGGAGCGUAGUGUCAUCGAUGGGUACAUUCCACUCUCGUUUGUUGUGUCGCUUUCUUUUGGAUUGGAGCCAGUCGAGCGGGUGCGGCACCUGAAGAAGACCGGAACGAUCACGUGCAGCAACGGCAACCAGACGACGGAAGAAACGAGUAAGCGAGCCUUCACGCUCCACUGCUCUGCACCUGAGCUGUUCUAUGUCACUUUCAUCGCAGAGACUCAGGAAGACUUCGACAAGUGGACUUGUGUCAUCGAUUACUUUGCUCUCCUCAACUCUUGCUAUAGAACAUACCUGCAGUCUCGCUAG